AUGGCUACUGCAAUCAUGGACGGCAUCACAACUCACGCGCUCACUGAAGUCUCAUUCCCUCUCCCAAAGGCACCACAUACAAAUAUACAUCUCCAGCUCACGGACAACGGCCCAAACUUGUUGCUCUUCCUCACGACUGCUGCAGCUGAGUCUGCGACUUCUGCACCCCUUGGUUCCUUCGUAUACGCCAUGCCUAACAUGGCUAAACCUGCUGAAGCACUUAGUACGCCGCUCUUCACUCACGGCGGCACUCUAGAUUUCACGACUCGUCUAUCCAAGGUGCUCGCGCGUAAGACGGGAAAGCCCGUAUAUGUCGGAAACUCAUCCAGUUUUGCCAGUGCAGGCAUGGGUGGAACCGUCGAAGAAGAGAUGGAAGCGUUCCGGAGGGUGGUUGAGGUUGUCAUGGGCUUGCUGAAGUCGGAGAAAGAGUAG